AUGAACAGCGCACCGCGAGUCGCGCGGAGCACGGCUCGCACCGAUGCAUCGCAAUGGGCGUGCUUCUUUUGCCAGCAUGCUCGGCCGCAGGCCCAACCGUCUCGACCCCGGUUCCCACUCGCGGGCGGCAUGCGCAGACACAUCUCCAGCUCGAUGCCUCGGAGGGAAGCCGCGCCUCCGCCGCGACCACAAACGCUCGGACAGGGCGCGCAGGCUCCGUCGAUGGAGCAGAUUCGGGCGCACUAUAGCCGGAAAAACCGCACGGUGGCGUACUACACGAUGAGCCUAAUUCUUGGUACGGUGGCGUUGUCCUACGGCUCGGUACCACUGUACAAGAUGAUCUGCCAAACAACCGGUUGGGGCGGCCAACCCAUCCGCGCCCAUGGUGGCUCUUACGAAGGUGAAAUAUCGAGCCGCCUCGUGCCCGUUACCUCUGCGAAUCGAAUACGCGUCACAUUCAACGCCUCCGUUUCGGACGAGCUGCCGUGGAAGUUUGUCCCGCAGCAACGCGAGGUGCGCGUCCUCCCGGGUGAGACGGCCCUCGCCUUCUACAAAGCCGAGAAUCGCGGCGACAAGGAUAUCAUCGGGGUCGCCACCUACAGCGUCACGCCUGCGCAGUGCGCGCCCUACUUCAGCAAGAUCCAGUGCUUCUGCUUCGAGGAGCAGCGCCUCAACGCCGGCGAGACGGUCGACAUGCCCGUCUUCUUCUACCUUGACCCAGACCUACUCAAUGACUUGAACAUGAAGGGAGUCGAGACGGUGACAUUAAACUACACCUUUUUCAAGGCACGAUAUGACAACAACGGCAGGUUCAAGGCCCCAGCCAUAAUUUAA